UUUCACUCAAGAAUUAGAGAUUGUGUGAGAUCCAACAUAUAUACACACGAACUUACGCUUAGUAAUUCCUAGGCGUGUACUUUUGUGUAAAUUAGUAAUUAUUGACUCAGAGAGAGCUGGUGAAACGUCAUUGUUACAAUCAUAAAAGUGCAUACUUAAAAUGUCGAGAAUUGAUGAUAAGAAGGAUAUGGGCACAGGCUUUCGUAAAAUUGAUGUGGACGAGUUCAGCGAAAAUAAUUUUAGAGAGGAAGAGGCAGAUGGGGGGGCCACAGGACCUACCGGACCCGAUGAGAACGAAAUUUUGUCACUACUCAGCCAAGGAAAGAAUGCCGAAGCUUUGAUUUAUGCUCUCAAAUCGGCUCCACUCGACUGUAAAAACCAGCAAGUGAAGGAUCAGGCAAGAAAUGUGACACAAAAAAUCCUACUGAGCAUAAAAUCCAAUCAAAUGGACGACAUCUUGGCGCAACUGGAUAGAGACUUAAUGGAUGUUUUGAUGAAAUACAUCUAUCGUGGAUUUGAAAUACCCUCAAAAGACAGCAGUUCCCAUUUACUUACCUGGCACGAAAAAGUAUACAAUAUUAAUGGAAUUGGAAGUAUCGUCAGAGUAUUAACUGACAGUAAACGAGCUUAACGUAGUAGAGAGCGUCAUACUAAUGAUUGUUAUAAUAAAAAAUAUUACAAUUUACUAUAUAUAAAUGUUUUUGUGUGAAAAUACGGACGUCCCUCAGAACUUUAACCAACAUUACUUCUUUUUUAUUAUGAUGCAGAUAUAAUAUACAUAAGUUUCAACAAUGAGUAGAGUAAGGUAGUAACAUGAUGACAUGAUAAUGUAAAGUACAAAAGAAAUAUUUUAACUUGCCCUGAAUAGUUAAGGCAAAAGUUAGAUGAAAUAAUUUUCCACAAGACAAACAGUUUGUUAUCUUUUCUCAGGACAAGAACUUUAAUGACUCAGUAGUAGAGUAGUAGAACGAAAUAAUUUAAUUUUUUGCUUACUUCCUCCUACAUCCUCGACAAUCCCGUUCUUUCUCAAAUAUGAAAAUAUUCCAUAAUACAAAUUCUCUAACUUUAUCCAGUAGUUAGGGAUAGUUACAUUGUAUAAAAA